GCUGAAAGCCAUAAUAAGGGAUAAGGGGGGACUUGACACUGACAGAGCUCGUACGAUGGGUAAUGCCGAGUUUGAACUCGACGGCGAGUACCACUGGAAAUUUAUCGCAGGCAUAUUUGCAGCAUUCUUUAUGGCUCUGGGUAUCGGGGCCAACGACAUCGCCAACUCGUUUGCUUCUGCAGUCGGGUCCGAGGCCCUGACGCUGAAGCAAGCUGUGCUCAUUUCUUGGAUCUUCGAGUUCGCGGGCGCCUUCUUCAUGGGAGAUCGCGUUGUGGACACGAUCAGGGAGGGUAUCAUAGAUCCGGAGCUCUACCUCCUUCGCUCUCCUACCGAAUACGAUAGACAUGGGGCAUCGCUGUUGAUGUGGGGCAUGUUUGCCUCCCUGGUGAUGGCCUCCUCGUGGAUCGCAUUUGCCACGUAUCAUGGCAUGCCGAUCUCCACGACUCACAGCCUUCUCUGCUCCAUCAUAGGGUUCAGCUUAGUGGUAAAGGGCUGGGAUUCCGUACACUGGUACGGAGGGGACAAGGAGUCGAAGAUAGGCGGCGGCGGUUUCACGGCGAUCGUGGUGUCCUGGGUGCUGACGCCCCUGAUGGCCGGGGUCUUGUCCGCCGGCUUCUAUUCGCUCACGAAACGCCUCCUCCUUUGCCCAGAGAACUCCGUGCAGCGGACGCUUCUGGCUCUGCCGGUGUACUAUGGCGUGACGGCCUUCGUUGUCACUUUCUUCAUCGUGUACAACGGAUCAGGUAGGCUGAGCCUGAAGAACCAGGGCAACGGGACUGCCACGUGGAUCGCGACCUCCAUCGGGAUCGCGGUCGCUCUGCUUGCGAGGCUCGUUGGGGUCCCGAUGGCGAGGAGAAGGCUUGAGAUUGUUGUCGAUGCCAAUUCGCAGACGACACCCGUCCUCUCCGUCUUCUCGAAGGGCGCCUCGAAGUCCAACGGAGUGACCGCGGAGGCCAUGGCUGUGUCAGUGGACCGUGGAGCUCCUCCCUUCGACGGUGGGGCAUCUGCUGCCGGGACUGCCUCGGAGGCUGGGGUAACGCCCUGCCAUGCCGCUGAGAGGGCCCCAACGUGGGGCAGGCCGGUGGUUCCCUUCAACGAGUCUUGCGCUGGGGAGGUGGGACAAGCUGGCGAGGGGCGGACGUGGGAAUGGAUCGAGAAUUGGUACUCUACUGUCGAGGCGAAGACCAUCGCUCACGACCUCGAGUUCACGGAGCGAACCAGGAAUAUUCACAAGAAUGCUGAGGUGCUCGACGAGCAGGCAGAGGAGCUGUUCAGCUUCUUGCAGAUUCUCACGGCGUGUGCCUCCUCCUUCGCUCACGGCAGCAACGACACUGCCAACGCCAUCGGCCCCCUGUCGGCCAUCUUCAACCUUUAUCGCGGCGACGCUGUGCACCGUAGGAAGGAUAACCCGAUGCAUCUAGAGGUUUCCGAGGUCAAAGUGGAGUCGUGGAUGCUGGCCAUGGGGGGCGCUGCGCUGGGUCUGGGGUUUGCGCUGUGGGGAUGGCGGAUGGUGCGCAGUCUGGGGGGGGGAGUGACCAAGAUGACCCCCUCUCGCGGCUUCACUGCGGUCCUGUGCGCCGCUCUGACCGUCACCCUGGCCAGCGGGCUCGCAAUGCCCGUGUCCACAACGCACACGCUCGUCGGAUCUACCGUCGGCGUCGGCUCGACGGACGGCUGGGGAAACGUUGAUCGGAAACUGCUCGGUAAGUUCUUCAUCGCGUGGGUGAUGACCGUAUUCGUUGCUGGAGUGUGUACGAUGGGGUUUGUCGCGCUAACCGUUUUCUCCCCCAACAUAAAAGCGUAGUUGUCUUCUACGAUACUUGCUCUUAUCAUGAGCGUCGUUAGCAACAAUGCAGGAUGGGGAGGAGGCGCACCUUCUCAUUCUCUCUCUUCGAGUUAAUUAGCAGGUGGCGUGCUCCCUGUCCUUCCCUGUCCCUCCCCGUCCCUCCCUGUCGUUAAGAUGGAACACAGACGGCGCCGCAUUUUGUUCUGCCGUGUGGUUCGAUCCCGUGACCAGUUCUGAUAGACAGGAAGUAGACAGACGGAGUGAAUAUGGGAGGGGGAGGGGGAGGGGGGGUGCGAGAUGCCCAAUUUCCCUUGUAUUUGCGAAUUGACUCGA